GGCAUUGAAGCUCCAACCCGACCAGCCCACUUCAACAACAGGCUGGGGGCCGAAGGAGGAGCCAGGGGAAGCGAAGCCUUUGCUGAGAGGCCCUGCAGACCCUGCAGAGGCCCCAGGCCCCGCUGGCUCCGCCCCUCGCCGCCCCCUCUCCAGUGGUAGAUAUACAGCCGCAGCCCCUGCAGCCGCCCACUGCGACAGGAGCUGCCAGAGCGCUGCCUCUACAGACCCAGCCGACCAACGAACCGCAUUUUCUAGCGAUGGCAGACGGCUUCUUUCAGCGCAAACCCUGGGACCCCGAGCACAUUCGCCGAAGCCCCGACCCUGAGUCCGAAGGCCUGUUCGACAAGGCCCCUCCGGAGGAGCCCCCUGCCCGCAAUCCCAAGUGGGGCGGCAAGAAGGGUGGUCGGCGCGCUGGGAGGGGACUGGCGGCCCGCUCUGGGCAGUCCCUGAAAGCUGUUGCGCGCCCCCAGCCCAAGGAAGAGGCGCCUCCACUGGAUGAGGGCUGCUAUCUCGACCAUUUCCCGCACCUCUCCAUCUUUAUCUACGCAGCGAUCGCCUUCUCCAUCACCUCCUGCAUCUUCACCUAUAUCCAUUUGCAGCUUGCCUGAGUAGCGCGGGCAGGAGGCUGGGCGCAAAGCCAAGGUGGGAGGAGGGAGGGAGGGAGGGAAAGGAAGGGUCUCAGCAUUUGAUGUUUUGGUGACGCGAUCUACCCCCUUCAUUUAGCUUUUGAUGCUUAUUUUCACUGUAUCGUAAUACCUUUGUCUAAGUAUCAGUAGGAUAGCCGAAAGCGACGGGUAAAUACGUAGGAGUCUAGCAUACAAAGUUUAGAGACGGGAGCAGUUAGUUCCCAACAUUUCGAAUCUCUGAGUGUUGUUAAGGCGCAUUUCCAGUUAGGGUGCUGUCUCGGGAUCCUUCCACUUUGAGUGGUAGGGUACGCUCAUCAUUUUGUGUUCGGACCGCUAGAGCGGCCCCGCCUUCUCUUCUUAAAGGAAUGGAUAAGAUGAUCCAGGGCCGCGGUCUUC